AUGAAGUGCUCACUUCUGUCCGCUGCUCUCGCAGCCUCGAGCUUCCUCAGCACCUCCUCGGCAAUCUCCAUCCUGCUGGGCAACGACGACGGCUUUGGGAGUGCCCAAAUCCGAGAAUUCUACCGCUUGUUGAAGGAGAGCGGGCAUGAAGUCGUCAUGGUAGCCCCGGCUGACAACGAGAGCGGCCAAGGCGGUCGAUCUGUCUUCACAACCAACAAGUCGCUCGCUGUCAACUCGGAGUUCGACCUCAUCCCAGCUGGUGCCCCGUCGCUGGGCCGUGAUCCUAACGAUGUGGACAUCUGGUACUACAACGGCACGCCGGCUGCAUGCACCUUUGUUGCGCUCGACUACGUGCUUCCCAGCUUCUACUCCAAUCGGUCCAUUGACCUCUUCGUGGCAGGACCUAACUUCGGCUUGAACCAAGGCUACUUUCUGUACACCCUCUCCGGGACCAUUGGUGCGACAUAUGCGGCUAUCCAGCGAAAUAUCCCAGGGAUUGCGUUCUCUGGAGGCAACAGUGAACAGCGUUCCUACACGUGGAUCAACAAAACCACAGCAUCUGGCUACCCGGACCCGGCCACGAUUCAGGCCCAGCUGGCCACCAACAUUGUCAACCAGCUCGUCAAUAGCUCCCAGCCUGGUCGACCUCUUAUGCCUAUCGGCUAUGGUCUCAAUGUCAAUACCCCGGUCAUCACGUCGCUGACCAAUGACUCGUGCGUCAACCCGCCCUUCAUCCAGACGCGGAUGGGUGGCGGUGCCACGACCGACAAAGCGGUAUACAACGCAACCACGGGACUCUUCACGUAUCAGAAUCUGAUCACCGACGGCAAUAACGUGUGCAUCAACGGCAACUGCGCUCUGCCCGGCGAGACCCCCGUCGUGGACAAUGGGUGUUACGGCUCCGUGUCUGUCUUCUCGGUCGACUACGACGCUCCCAUGGGUCCCGCGCAGCACGGGAUCCGCGCGGCGUUGCAGCCGUUGGUGGCGUACGAGAACCCCGACGCGAAGAUGAUGGUGAAGGCGAGAGACUCCAUGAGCAGGGAGGAAGCUGCUGCGCGACAUCCUCUUCGCCAAGCAUGA